AUGAAUUUUGAAGAGCAUAUUCGCCGUAUUCUGUUUUAUUACUUCAAAAAAGGGAAGAAAGCAAGGGAAAAGUUGCAUCGAGUUCACGAUAAAAAUGUUGUCAAAAAACGCCAGUGCCAGAACUGGUUCGCCCGAUUCCGUGAUGGUGAUUUUUCAGUCAAAGACGCUCAUCGCUUCGGUAGACCUUUCAAGAUUGACGACGAUGAAAUGAAAGCAUUGGUGCAAGCAAAUAAGCAUUCAACAGUUCGGGAGCUUGCUACCGUUCUAAAAGUGUCCGUUGGAAAUGUUCAUGGCCAUUUGAAAUCGCUAGGCUUCGUAAAGAAUCUCGAUGUUUGA